UGUCAGAAUCUCCUCUACCAGGACAGCUGAAAAUUGUUUGGAACGAUGACUUGGAUGAAGAGAUUGAAGUACAGGGACUCACUUUUCUACUGACAAGAAGAUCCAUAUAAAAGGAAAGCAAUUGGAACUAUUCCCAGCAUGGGGCUGUUUGAAACAACAGUGACCUCCUUUCUUCUGACAAUGUAUCUGUAUCUUACCAGCACUCAACAAAAUGUUCACGCUGAAACUUUCGCUGAUGUUGCAUUUCUGGUUGAUGGAUCUCAAAAUAUGGGACCUCAGGCAUUUAAACAGACACGGGGUCUUAUUUUGAAAACUGUCUCAAGGCUGAAUAUAGGAAAGGAUGCAUACAGGAUUGGUCUUGCUCAGUACAGUUAUGACGCAGUAGUGGAGUUUACUUUCAAUACAAUGAUAACCAAGAAGGACAUAGUGAAUUACCUGAAGAAGAAGUUCCAAUAUAGAGGCGGAACCUCACUAAAAACAGGCCUGGCUUUGAAUUUUCUGCGUAAUACUUACUUCACAGCUGCAGCUGGAAGUCGAUUAAAUCAAGGAAUCCCCCAGAUUGCAAUAUUAAUUACAUCUGCACCAUCAGAUGAUGAUGUUGAAACUUAUUCUGCUUCUUUAAGAAAUUAUGGAGUGAUAGUUAUUUCCAUUGGCGUUAAGAGUUCAGACUUAAACGAACUCCAAAAAGUUGCUUAUCUUGGACAUUCUCCGUUUGUAAUCAGGAGGGAUAAAUUUGUUGGUUUUACCAACUUAGCAGUAAAUUUAACAAAAACAAUCCAAAAUAUACAAGAAUUUUUAAAGAUGGAAGUGACAGAACCACCAGCAGUGUCACCAUCACCAUCUAUUCCCAUACGGCCUGUGUCUCCAGAUGAACCAUGUCAUACAAUUAAUAUAGCAGAGUGCAUUGUCGACAUUGCUGUUGGAUUUGAUUUCCCUGAGUGGUUUGGAUCACAGAACAUAUUUAAUGGUCAACAACAAUUGCAACUAAAGCUGAAGGAACUUGUACAGGGAAUCACAUCUGCAAGUAAUAUCAGUUGUAUGUCUGGUGUUCAGCCAGAGAUCAGAGUGGCAUUUUACGCAAGAAGUAAUACCGGCCAAGUUAUCUUUGAAACAAAAUUUGAAAACUAUAGUGCUGAAAUAAUUCAAUACCUCACAUCAAUCCAAGCAGCAGCCAAAAUUGAUUUAGAUCUUGAGACAUUGGAGGUACUCGGGAACAAAUUUGUUGAAACAAAUUCAAAGGCAAAGGUCUUGCUUAUAUUUACAGAUGGCUUAGAUGGCACCAAGGAGAGCUUUAAAAAAACAAGCAAAAAUCUGAGAGAAAAAGGAGUCAAUGCCCUCAUCACUGUGGCUUUGGAAAAUGCUCCUGAUAUGGAUGAUAUUCAUUUCAUUGAGUUUGGAAGAGGAUUCGAAUACAAAAAAAAACUAUCUAUUGAAAUGGAGGAUGUUGCAAGUGCUUUGCAUAGGCAAAUAAAUGCAGUUGUGGAUAAAGAAUGUUGCAAUGUCCCUUGCAAAUGUGCAGGAGAGCCGGGUACACGUGGUUUUCAGGGAAGAAAAGGAGAUGAGGGGAAUCCAGGCGCAAAGGGGUUUCCAGGUUAUCCAGGAGACGAAGGAGGACCCGGUGACAGGGGUUUACCAGGCAUAAAUGGAACUCAUGGAAUGGAAGGAUGUGCUGGCUCGCCAGGUCUCAAGGGGAAAUCAGGCUAUCCAGGGGAGAAGGGAAGUGACGGGGACCAUGGUAUCGAUGGAAUAGCUGGAGAACAGGGAGACCAUGGAAAUCCAGGAGCUCCUGGUGAAAAAGGAAACACAGGAAAUCUGGGUAGGAAAGGCCAAAAAGGAGACAUUGGUGAGCAUGGGAGACCAGGUUUACGUGGAAAUCGUGGUGAAUUUGGCAGCACAAACAGCAUUCAGGGCCCAAAAGGUGAAAGAGGAGACACAGGACUUUCAGGUGAUCCAGGAGACAACGGUAACCCAGGAGACGCUGGACCUGCAGGAAAACCUGGUCUCCAUGGUCACAGAGGACCACCUGGUAAAAAUGGUCGGAAUGGAAAACCUGGAAAGCGGGGUCGUAAGGGCUUUCGAGGAGUGCGUGGUCCACAGGGGUUACCAGGUUCACCUGGUCCUGUAGGCCGUAAAGGAGAACAAGGAGCUCGAGGGCAACAGGGUCCAUCUGAAAGUCCAGGACAGAAUGGGAUUGAUGGCAUCCCUGGAUUAAAAGGGAAAAAUGGUGAACCUGGACAUCAAGGGGAGAAAGGUGAAAGGGGACCAACAGGAUCUCGUGGGCUAAUGGGGAUGGAUGGCAAAGAUGGAAUUGGACCUCAAGGCCAAAAAGGGAAAAAGGGAGAUCGAGGACCACGAGGAAACUUUGGCAGAAAGGGAGAAGAUGGAAUUCCUGGUCAAAAUGGAGAACGUGGAGCCAAAGGGAUGAGAGGGAACAGGGGCAAUGCUGGAGAUUCUGGUGAUCUUGGCGAAAGAGGAGCGAUUGGAUAUGAUGGACCAAAGGGCCCCAGAGGACCCUGGGGCACUCCAUUCAAGCCAUGUGACCUCAUAUCGAUUGUGAGAGCUAACUGUCCUUGUUGUUCACAAAGAAAAGACCAGUGCCCUGUGUACCCCACUGAGCUGGCUUUUGCUCUGGAUGCAUCCUCAGAUGUCACACUGUCCAUAUUUGAAAGGAUGAAGGGAAUUGUACUUAAAUUACUACAGUAUAUUAACAUCGCCGAAAGCAACUGUCCCUCUGGGGCUCGGGUGGCAGUUCUUACAUAUAAUAAUGUGGCAAGGCCUUUCAUCCGGUUUUCAGACUUUAAGAGAAAGCAGUUACUUAUCAAAGAAAUAGAAGAACUAGCUCAUGAACGAUCAACAAGAAGACGAAGUAUUGGCGUUGGGAUGCAGUUUGUCGCACGACAUACAUUUAAACGAGUUCGUAAUGGGGUCCUUGUGAGAAAAAUAGCUGUGUUUAUUACGAAUGGAGACUCAAAAGACACCAGUGCCAUCGCUAUUGCUGCUUCACAAUUCAGUGCUUUAGAUAUCAUUCCGGUCAUCAUUUCCCUUAAAGACACUCCAGGAAUACAACAAGCCUUUAAGGUCAAUGGUGAAGACAAAGCCCAAGUAAUCGUACUGCCGAGUCAGCAACAAGUGGCAGAAGAAUUGUUAGAAAUGCUCGUCUUGUGCACAUUGUGCUUUGAUGAAUGUGAACGAUACAGCUUGUGUUUCAAUGGUGUCCAGCCAGCCCCUCUCCCAGUAAACAUGGAGAUGGUUUUCGUUGUUGAUGAUUUGCAGCAGAUGAACUCUACACAGUCAGAUUCAGUUCAGCAUUUCAUUACCUCAAUGGUUAACACAUUUCUGAGCACUACAGAACCUACAGCCUCUGGUCUUCAUCCCCGGGUGGCUUUGCUGCAACACACAUCAAACUACUCUCCAAGACAUGGAAGAGAUCCAAUUAACCUAGAGUUUCGAGUUCUGGAUUAUGCCUUGAAAACACUGAAGAAGAGACACAUCCAAGAGCCAGUCAGUCAACCAGAGGGCACCACUGGCAUUGCCAGCAGCAUUUCAUGGAGCUUGAAGAAUUUCUUCUCAAACCUCACAAAUCCACAAGCUUACAAGGUUAUCUUUACAAUUUUUUCAAGGGAAACAAGUAUUGAUGGGAAGAAAUUAUUGGAGAUAUCACAAGAAGCCAAAUGUAAGGGUUUCACACUGUUUGCACUGGCCCUUGGGGAGGUAUCUAAUGUCACAUUCCUGGAGGAGUUUGUCAGUUUCCCUUUUGAUCAACAUUUGGUUCAACUGGAUAAGGGCCUGGAGGCUGAAAUCAAGUACGCACAAAAGUUUGCAGUGGCUUUUCUAAAAAACUUACCAACUGAAAUCAACAGUUACCCCCCUCCACAUUUAGCGAAGAAGUGCAGAGGAACAGAGUCUCAGGAGACAGUAAAAGAAGCAGAAAAAACACGGUCCUAUAGUAUAGAACUGGUGGUUGUUGCAGAUGAAGUUGAGCAACCUUUGAGUUACACCAACAAUAAUGAUAUGUGUGCACUGAAUUUUGAAGAAGGCAACUGUCACAAUUACACCAUCAAAUGGUUCUAUAAUAACAAACAGAAGGAUUGCAAUCGGUUCUGGUACGGUGGCUGUGGUGGAAACAAGAAUCGAUUUGACACCCGAAAGGAAUGCGAAACCUUGUGUCUAAAAUCUGCCUCAUAAAUAUCUUGUUAAAUGCAUAGGUGUUUCUUAAGGCAUAUCCCUGACUGUAGAAUAUAAUGAAACAAUGGACCAGAAUAAUGCAAAUCGAGGGGCCUUGACUUCUAAUUGAAAUCAUCUGCAGACCCAUGCAUAAAAGCAAAAUUGUGACAUGGCGGUGAAUGACAUUUUGGGGCAGAAGCUAUUAGCAUUUGCACUGACUCCAUUUAUAAUGCAGGUUACUGCAUGGUGCAAGAACUAUUAAACCACUCUUUUUAGCUGGUGCCUUUUACAAAAACAGUUGAGCAGCUCCGAUGCUUCAGCUGUCCGUUUUACAUAUACCGUUCAAUCCUGUUUUGGUGUGUACUCAUUGAAGAGAAGUUUUUAACAUUUUUUUUGUAAAUAUGAAUUUGAACAGUAACUUUCAUGCGGUCCUGAGUAUUAUUUUGCUUGAAGUCUUUUAAUUAAGUAUUUCUCGGGGAGAAUGUUUAAUUAUUUGAGUUAAAUAUGUACAUGUAAUACCAUCAGAUACUUGGAGAAGGGAAAGGAUCAUUCUGCUGCCUUCUUAAAUUGUGCAUAAAUGAAUCUGUCAAAUUUAUGAAUAUUUGAACAAUCCGCAAUUUACUUUCUUGCUCACUUAAAUGUCAAUUCUUUGUUAAAAGUCCAAAGCUGUAUUCAUCAGGCAAUAAUGCUGCUGUGGCAGCCAUAACUGUAAGAGAAAUGCUGAAGAAGAUAUUAUCACUCUGUCAGCAAAUGGUAACAUUGUUAUACAUGGCAUAGACUGCUAUCUGUUCUUGGGCUAACAUACAAAUAAAAUAUUCAACUACAACUGUCAAACAGUGGCACAUAUGAGAAUUCAGCACUCAUGAUUAUACUUGAAUAGUUUGUCUCAGGGCCACCUGACUGCUCCUGACUCUCUCGUUCUGUAUAUGAAAUGAGGAAGUAUUUUGAGAGAUACUAAUGAAUUUGGACCAACAUCUACCAUUCUUUGAUUUGAAGGUGUUAAAUUAGAUAACAGUCGUUGGAAUUCUCAUGAAUCUCCACAGCUCCAUAAGUCAGCUCUGUCAUAAUCUAAACUAGUGUCAGGCUAUGUCCUUGAAUGGUGAUAGGGUUGGGGGAGGGGGUCGGUGUCUUUGAUCUGUGGUAUCAGUUAGGACCUUUCCUACCUCCCCCAUAUUUGUCAACUUGCUAACCCUCAAAGUUUUCCUUCAAACCAUUGCAGGUCCAAUUUUUAAAUCACAUUUUUAAAUGAAUUGGGUUAAACGAAUUUUUAUAUACAACUUUGAAUCAAAGUAACUGUAAUCUGCAAAUGAAGAAAGUAAAUAUUGAGAAAUAGUAUGUCAGAUGCUCAGAGUAUUUUUAGCUUGUUCUAUGUACUACAUAG